AUGGCCAUUAUUGAGGAGGUUGUUGAAGGCGUGGAAGACAUUGCCAGGAGGUGCGAGAAGCUGAAACUUGAAGGAAACGCGCAUUUCAAUCGCGAGCAGUAUGAUGAAGCCGAGGAAUCGUAUAAGAAAGCACUUGAAAUGUGCCCGGAAUCGGAGAAGCAGAGACGAGCGAUUCUUCUGACGAACUUGAGCGCGGUUUUGACUAGAAAGAAACAAUUCACUAGUGCGAUUGAGAAGGCGACAGAGGCGUUGGAGCUUGGGGUUUGGAAUGAGCGAUCGUUGGAACGACGAGCAAAUGCUUAUGAAGGCGAACAUCUCUAUGAUAAGGCGAUUGCGGAUAUUGAGGAGAUAUUGACAUUCUGUGAAGCGUCGAAGAAAAAGAAAUAUCGGGAACGCGUUGAGGAAUUGAAAAAGAAGAUGUCUGCUGAUAUCGAAGAGCAGAAGGAGAAGCUGUUCGCGACGUUGAAGCGAAUGGGCAAUGCGGUGCUGUCGCCGUUUGGAAUGUCGACGGAUAACUUCCAGAUGACGCAAAACGCGAGCGGCGGAUGGCAGAUUAAUAUGAAGCCGAGUAAACCGACGGAGGAGUCGCCCACUUCAGCCGCGACGCAUGAGACAAAUACGGAGAAAGACGGAGCCCAGUGA